CUGGUAUUAACAAUUACCGUAACAGCAACACGAUUAAAUAUAUACAAAUACACAUAAAUUGGGCUUCACUCUGCUAUAUUGUUCAGUGAGAGAGAGAAAUCCCAGAAAAACAGAAAAGGAAUUCCAUUGAUACUAUCGAUCCGUUUGAUCCGAUCGAAGCCAAACCAAAAACUCCAGAAACCAUUUUCGGAUUUUCCAGAUAACCCUUUUUUUUCCUUCUAUCAAGGACACGGAGGGAUAUAUGUUAUAGGGAAAUAUACAAGUAUUUAGAUAUAGAGAGAAAGUUAUGAUGGGAUGGAGGAGAAGUUGAAGGAGAGAAAGAGAAGGGGAUGGCGAGAGGAGAGUUCGUGUAUAAUGGGAGAGGGAUAUGGUGUUCAUACAAGAGAACCACUCUCGUUGUUUGUUUAAUUAACAUUGUUGUUGUCCUAUAUGCGAUCCACAAUCUUUACAAUUCUCUUUACAUGUAUCCCUACAUUGAUUCUCAAACCAGAACCAUUUCGGUUUUUAUAAUGAGUAUUUGUUUUACAGCAUUUAAGUACACCCCGGAUCAGAUUAGGAAAAUGGAAGAGUCAAUUCAAAUACGAAAAGCAUCAGAACCUAAAGAGCUCAUUAAGUUGGUGAAACAAUUAAAGAAGGAUUUUUUAAGGGAAGACAAGGUAGUGGAGUUGCCACAGCACUCGAAACAAAAGUUAAUAGAUGAGAUUCUUGUUCAGUUAAGAGGCUUGGAUGCCGGUGCCAAUGCAACUCAGAAACGAGAGGCAGUCGAAAGGUGGCGCAAGGAAAAACUAAAACAGGCAAAAAGACUUGUCCGUGGGAAAACCUUGAAUACCACAAUAUUGCCCGAGGAUGCCGGUAUUAUUGCAAGAGCUUUGAGUUCUGAUUGGGCCCACUUGUCAGAAGAAAUGGGGCUCUGGAUACCGCUUGAAGUCAUUAAUAAAGAACAUGAUGACAAACCCGAGGGUGAAGAGGAGUUUGACAGCCGAAUCUUGCCUGGCAGACAGCUCCCUCCCGAAUGCCAUGCCGAAAUUCAUACGGACUAUGGUGGUGCUGCUGUAAGAUGGGGCCUUACUCAUCCUAAAGAAUCUGCAUAUGAAUGUUGUAUGGCGUGUUUGAAUCAAGCUAAAGAUGCCAAACCGGGAGCAAUUAAAUGUAAUAUUUGGGUUUACUGCCCAUCUGAGACUGGAUGUUACUCUCCAGAUAUUUAUGAACACAAAAAUCAAGAGUGCUGGCUGAAAUAUGAUGAGAAACCAAAAUUGAGUUUUAAGGACAGGUACUCGGAAUCAUAUAGAAAUGCACACCCAAAUGCACCAUUGAUCGUUCCAUGGGUGUCUGGCGUGGUCAGCGUGUAACUUUUAUUCACCAACAACUAGGCAGCAAGACUGAAAGUCUUGAUGGCAAGUUAUAAACUCUGAUAUAUCAUGGGAUUUUACAAAUGCCCAGAUGGUGCGAAGUGUAGUACGAUCUCUAUUCAUGCAAUUCUCAAGAGUUGAGUUGAGUUGAGUAUUAGUUACUCCUUCAUUUCGUUCUGCUGUCUUUUGUAGGCCUUUGAGCAUUUGGGUUUUUUAUUUUUGUAUUACAUGAUGGUAAAUUUGGUGCUGAUGAGUGAUGGCUUUGAAUUGUAAAGUUAAGCGCUGAGGAUAU